UCCUAGAUCUGAAUGGAUAUAGAUGUGAGUAGUCAUCCCACAUAUAAAUGGUUUUUGUGUUGAUCAGGGCCUUUGAUUGGACCUUUUGGACCAAGGCCGUGUUCAUGUUUGGAUGGUAGAGUGAUUUACAUCUGUAAAGAUUGUAAGGUCAUGCAACUGAAUGAGAUACGGUCAAGUAGGUGGCCCACUGAUUGGACUUUCAGGAUUGAUGUGAAUGUGAAAGGGAUGAAACUGGGCCAUGAUGGGAUGCGGAGAGCUUUAUCCAGUUCUUCUGACAAGGAAACUAGCCCAGGCCCAAACCUAUCACGCACUUCUAACCAUGAGCCCACGUUUAUUAACUUCUGCAGUAUUGUUUAUUUGGGCCUCUAAGCAGGCAUGGUCUGGCCCCCGUCUACAUACUGGGCCUGGAAAUUCAACAAAUGACGAAAAGGUGAUCUGGGCCAGAAGUUUCUUGGAGUAUAGGUGAUUUAUACACGGUUUUGGUGCACAGUUUAUACACAGAUCAUAUCCUACUUAUUGAAAUCAAUGCAAUUUUUGCGUCCAUUACAGGUGGAAUCGACUCCGUACACACGACUGUGCAAAACAAAGAACAUAUUGACAGUAAAUGGGCAAUUUCCAGGCCCAACGCUGUAUGUAAACAAAGGAGAUGAGGUUUUUGUUAAAGCCCAAAAUCAAGCCCAAUACAACAUUACCCUUCAUUGGCAUGGAGUGAAACAGGAGAGGAAUCCAUGGUCAGAUGGUCCUGAGUAUAUCACGCAAUGCCCCAUUCAACCAGGCAAAAAUUACACUUACAGGUUCGAGUUCACCGUGGAAGAAGGAACAUUGUGGUGGCAUGCACACAGCGACUGGGCCCGAGCAACGGUCCAUGGAGCCAUCAUCGUUUAUCCAAACCCUGGAACUGCCUAUCCAUUCACAAUGCCUGAUGGGGAAGUGCCAAUCAUACUAGGAGAGUGGUGGGAGACAAACGUGAUGGACAUAUCAAGAGAUGCAAACCAAACAGGUGGAGCACCCAAACUCUCAGAUGCUUACACCAUCAAUGGCCAACCGGGUUUCCUAUAUCCCUGCUCACAACAAGAAACCUUCAAAAUGCUGGUGAGUCCAGGCCGUCGCUAUCUACUUCGCAUAAUCAACGCGGUCAUGAACGAAGAGCUCUUCUUCUCCGUAUCCCAACACCCGAUCAUAUUGGUCGGGACAGAUGGAAGCUACGUGAAACCGUUACCGACAGAUUACAUCAUGAUCACACCAGGCCAGACCAUGGACGUUCUGUUAGAAGCAAACCAACCUCCAAACCUAUACCCCAUGGCCUCAAGAGCCUACUCAAGUGCCAUAGGAGUUGGAUUUGACAAUACCACAACUACAGCCAUUUUACAAUACGAUGGCCCACUUCCCCAUCCAUCAUCUCCUCCAAUCCCAACCCUUCCUUCCUACAACGACACACAAGCAUCAAUCAACUUCACAAAGGGCCUUAGAAGCCUAGCAGAUGAUCAGCAUCCAAUAAAUGUCCCACUGCAGAUAGACACUCACUUAUUUUUUACUAUCUCCGUAAAUCUAGUCAAUUGCACUGAUAAUCCAUGCAAGGGUCCUUUCGGUAAGCGGUUCGCAGCGAGUAUGAACAACGUAAGUUUCGUUGCACCUCCAUCGAUUGACAUUCUACGAGCAUACUUCUAUGGGAUCCGUGGGAUCUACGACCAGGAUUUCCCGAGCUACCCACCGGAGACGUUCAAUUACACCGGGGAUGACUUGCCGGAGAAUCUGCUGGCUACAGGUUUCGGUACUAAGGUGAAGAUGUUGGAGUACAAUGCCAGUGUGGAGCUUGUUCUGCAGGGAACCAAUGUGUUAGUUGGUAUUGACCAUCCAGUGCAUUUGCAUGGGUACAGCUUUUAUGUGGUUGGAUGGGGUUUUGGGAAUUUUGACCCCACAAAGGACCCUUUGGGGUACAACCUGGUGGACCCCCCAGAAGAGACGACCGUUGGUGUUCCUAAGAACGGCUGGGUGGCCCUCAGAUUCAGGGCUGAUAACCCUGGUGUUUGGCUGAUGCAUUGCCAUUUGGAGAGACACCAGAGCUGGGGAAUGGGGAUGGUCUUCAUAGUAAAAAAUGGUGUGGGCCCAGGAGCCCAGAUGCUUCCUCCACCACCUGAUUUGCCCAACUGCUGACCCUAAAACAUCUACUUACGUGGAUGGUUCUUUUUUUUUUUUUUUUAAUCAUUUUUCUUUCUUUUGUUUUGGGUUUUCUGCUAAGAAUAACAUCUCGAAUUGAGAAUUUCAAUUCUUGUGCUUCUUGAUUUAUCAAAUAAUUGAGAUCGGCCGUCUGAACAUUUUGGACCCACUAUAUAGAAGGAUUGGGUUCAACCUAACAUUGGUCAAAGGCCUGAUGUGCCCUGGCCUAUUGGCGUGCAAACGAAGUAAGCACGAACAAUGGACACUUGGGUCCACCAUGCAUGAUUCUGCCCAAAGUGAAGCUGUACUUAAAAAAGGCCUUCGGCUUGGAUAUUUCCAAGCGGA